AUGCUCGUGGAUGCCGCUAAAUGGACACGCGAAGACCAAGUGAAUGCCUCGUUUGAGAUGGAAGCAAGUUCAAUGAAUGCUGAUGCUGUUGUGACUAUCACGAAAACGCGCAAGUGGUUUGAGGAACGUCAGCGCAGAUUUCUGACAUACAAAGUAGAGCCAAACCGGUUGCGAAGGAGAUACCAAUACGACGAGAAGCGCGUUCGUCUUGAGUAG